CUCCUCAACAAUAUAUAUUAAAAUAAAAUAAAAUUAGGGAGGGUUUUCUUUCUUCCAAGCUUUUGUGUAGUCCUAUAUUUAUAUACUGCCUCCUCCUCAGUUCUUAUACCCCCCCCCCCCUCUCUCUAUUUCUUUGCUUCUUUUUGGCAAUUCCCAGAUUCCCCUUGAGGAGUUUCUGAAUCCAAAAAAAGAAGGGAAGAAAUGGGGGAGGAGAAGAAACCGCAAUCACUCGGUGUAUGGCCUACUGUUAAACCUUUUGUUAACGGUGGUGCAUCUGGUAUGCUUGCCACCUGUGCUAUCCAGCCAAUUGAUAUGAUUAAGGUGAGGAUUCAAUUGGGUCAAGGAUCAGCUGGUGAGGUGACCAGGAAUAUGAUAAAGAAUGAGGGUUUUGGUGCUUUAUACAAGGGGCUUUCUGCUGGACUAUUGAGGCAAGCCACUUAUACAACUGCCCGGCUCGGAACAUUCAAGAUUUUGACCAGCAAAGCAAUUGAAGCCAAUGAUGGGAAGCCCUUACCUCUAUAUCAGAAGGCUUUGUGUGGGCUAACAGCUGGUGCAAUUGGAGCAUCUGUGGGCAGCCCAGCAGAUUUAGCACUUAUCCGUAUGCAGGCUGAUGCCACUUUACCUGCUGCUCAGCGCAGAAACUACUCAAAUGCUUUCAAUGCCCUCUACCGAAUUGUUGCUGAUGAAGGGGUUUUGGCACUCUGGAAAGGCGCUGGCCCUACUGUUGUAAGGGCAAUGGCUUUGAACAUGGGGAUGCUUGCUUCUUAUGACCAAAGUGUUGAGUUUUGCAAGGAUUCUCUUGGUUUUGGUGAAGGUGCUACAGUGUUAGGUGCAAGUAGUGUUUCUGGAUUUUUCGCUGCAGCUUGUAGUCUUCCAUUUGAUUAUGUCAAAACUCAAAUUCAGAAAAUGCAACCUGAUGCCCAAGGAAAGUAUCCAUACACUGGCUCCAUGGAUUGUGCCUUAAAGACACUCAAGUCAGGAGGACCGUUCAAAUUUUACACUGGAUUCCCUGUUUACUGUGUCAGAAUUGCUCCUCAUGUCAUGAUGACCUGGAUAUUCCUUAACCAAAUUCAAAAGCUGGAGAAAUCGGUCGGGUUGUAGUUUCCUGCAGAGACCGAAUUUGCAAUGAGUCAAGCUAUCAAAAAUAACAGCGCUUGGUUGUGUGCUUUUGUUGUAGUUUCUGGCUGGUUUUGGCGGUUGACACCCUGUUUGACUUUCAAGUCAAACCAAUUAUUUUUGAAAUUCUUACUGUCGAAUUUUAAGUAGGAUUUCCGAAUUUUAUGCGUAUCAGCACCUACAAUUUAUUGGGUGUGGAAGGAUUUGAAUUUUUCAUAAAACCCCAUUUGAAAUCAAUAGAGCUCCUCCUCAUUUCUGUCCUUGAGAAGAGAAUUAAAAAAUACAUUUUGUACUUGAUAAACAGGUAUAAUGGAUCAACUUUUGUAUUCUGAAAACCUCGUAAUUUGACCUUGGAUCU